AAUCUUCUUCUCUCUCUCUUUCUCUCUCCUCUUUUUUUUUCUUCUCUCUCCUCAAAUGUCGAAAUCCAAAACCAAAACCCCAAAAAACCCCUCCACUACAACUCCUUUAUCUCCUCUUACCAGAGAGAAAAUGGCAACCGAGCUUCCUGAGUAUUUCAAGUGCCCCAUUUCUCUCGAUAUCAUGUCCGACCCGGUUAUCCUCUCUUCGGGUCACACCUUUGAUCGGAGCUCCAUUCAGCGCUGGAUUGACUCCGGCCACCGCACCUGUCCAAUUACCAAACUACCCCUUCCCGACACCCCUUCUCUAAUCCCCAACCACGCCCUCCGCAGCCUCAUUUCCAAUUACGCUCCCGCCUUCUCCACCGCCAACCACCAACUCUCCCCAACUCGGUCUGACUCGGAGUCCGACUCACUGAGUCAACUCGCUUCUCUUAUAUCCACCCUCACAUCCCGCGCCUCCAACGCUGAGCAGAAGGCGGAGGCUUUAGGUAGGAUAACCGCGCUGUCGAAGUCAAACCCGGUGUUCCGCAGCCGACUCACCGAGUCGGGUGCGGUUUCAGCCGUUCUCCGCUGUGUGGACUCGGGUGACGGCGGCGCGGGUCUGCAGGAGAAGGCGUUGUCGCUCCUACUCAGCCUCAGCCUUGACUCAGAUGACAACAAGGUGGGGUUGGUGGCGGAGGGAGCUGUGGCAAGGAUCAUCACCGCACUAGCGGGCCCCGCUGCCGCGACGGCGGCAACGGUGCUCACCAGCCUCGCAGUGGUGGAGGUGAAUAAGGCGACCAUCGGGGCACACCCGGGAGCGGUGAGGUGCCUUGUUCAACUCCUCCGCACAGGGAGAGGAAGAGAGAGGAAAGAGGCCGCUACCGCCCUCUUCACUCUAUGUUCCUUCCCGGAGAACCGCCGCAGGACGGUGGAUUGCGGGGCGGUCCCGAUUCUGAUCAGGAUGGCGAAAUCGGGGCUCGAAAGGGCGGUCGAGGUUAUAGGAUUAUUGGCGAAAUGUAAAGAAGGGAGGGAGGAGAUAGUGAAGUGUGAAGGGGUGGUAGAGAUAUUGGUAGAUUAUGUAAAGAAUGGGAGUUCAAGAGGUGUUCAAUAUGGAUUAUUGACAUUGAAUUUGAUUUGUUGUUGUAGUGAAAGAGUGAAGAAAUUAGUGAAAAAUGAAGGGGUUUUGGAGAUUUGUUUGGGAUUAAUUCAAGAUGAUAAUGAGAAGAUUCAUAGGGUUGCUUCCAAUUUGGCCAAGGUUUUGCAAGAGAAGUAGGAAGAACAAGAAAAAGAAAUUAAGGUGAGUUUAAUUUGGGAUUAAUUGGGUCAACAAAUUGUAACCCUUUUGGAUGAGAUACUUCAAAUGUUUGUUUAAUCUUCAAUCAUAGUUCUUUUUGGUGUACAAAAGAGAAAAAAGAAUAGAAGUUUUUGUUUUUGUUGUUGGUGUUGUUGUAUCAAUCCUCAAUGUAUAUUAUUAUUGUAAUAAACAAGAUGAAAAAAGAAGGUUUCUUUGAA